GAUGAAAGUAUAUUAGUGUUAUAUAGAAACAAGUUGUUACCACUAUGGGGAUUGGCUUGAUCAUUUCGAUUGCUUUGGUCACUUCUGUGCAAGGACAAUCUGUGUUUAACGCAGACGCAUGCGAUUCGUCACCUUGCAAACAUGGGGGAACUUGUGAACUUUCGACUAAAGAGCCGUAUUACACAUGCGUUUGUCAUCAAGAAUAUCAGGGAACUCAGUGUGAAGAAAGAAAAUUCAUCAACAGCAUUACAAACAACUGCAAAUACCACGUCAACCAUCGUGAUAAAAAAACAUUCGCCGAGACGAAUUCAACUUGUAGCAGUCUUGGAGGAGCGAUAGCAAUGAUGAAGACAGCAAGAAUCCAAGACUUGGUUGAAAGUCAGGUAAUAAAGCAGUAUGGAGGCAGUGGAUAUCCAAUUGGAUUUUGGAUUGGUGGAUACAAAGAUAAUAAUAGAUGGAUAUGGGUUGAUGAUACAGACGUGCCUAUGACAGGAGGAUUUCAAAAAUGGAGUGUAGAAAGCGAUCACACUUCCAUUACCAAGCGUAGUAUGAUUCUCAGUUCGUUUUACCGAUCUAGGACCAAUAUGGGAUGGUUUGCUAGAAAAAACUCUGGUAAAAACGGCUACAUAUGUGAAAUAUCAGUCGUUGACAGAUGUUUGCUUUUUCCAUGUCAAAAUUUGGGAACUUGCACACCAAUUGGUUGUCAAAGAAAGUGCGAAUGCAUGUGGGGUUAUACGGGUGAAAAUUGUGAAAAUAGAAUUUCGCAGAUUUCUUGCCUCCAGUCUGGAAUUUCAAUUCAGUGGAAUCGAGAAAAUCACAAGAUGGGAAGAGUGUAUAAACUUCAUCUGGAGGAUUUGAUGUCUAAGUCGAGCAAAGCAACAAACGUGCAAAUCCUAGUGACUGAUGAAGCAUCAAUAAAUAUCGGGAAUGUAUCCGAACCGACACCGAUUCACUGCGUCUCAAGCACUCGUCUUUCCAUAUCACCCAAUAAAUAUAUCCUUGUGGAUCUAUGGGUAGCUCGGAUUAGAAUGUCUUUAAAAUCCGUUGCUAAAGUCUAUUACAUCUUUGAUGAAUCAAAGUUCAAAGUCGAACUUGCUGACUUGUCGUAA